AGUUUAGGAACGGAGUGUUUGUAACAGAAGGCUACCUCGACCAGCAUGGCGUUACCCUUCCUCCACCACGGCUCUUUCUCCCGCAGCGCUGGGGUGUUCUCCGCCCUCGCUAAGCAGACCAAGCUACUCAACCUCAAGCCUGUCAAGAGGAUUGACUUCACAUUUGAUCCUUUCGCCGACAAUGCUAUUGUAGUGAGAGACACCCUCAAUUACUUUUAUCAAGAGAAAGUCCGUGACACCAACCCCAAGUGUCUUCUAAAGACUAACAUCGUGAACGAUAGAUCGGAGCCAACCAUAGUCAUUAAAUUAGUGGAUAACAAGAAGAUUGUGUUCAAGACCAACAACCUCAACUCACUUGAGAUCCUAGUGAAGUACAAUGAACUAGUGAGCAGCAAAGUGAAGGUAGAUGAAGCACUAGAUACUGCUAAACCAGUGCUCACCAAGUCACAGAAGAAGAGAUAAUCAAUAAAUCUUUGUGUAAAUACCUUCAUGUACAUUAUUCAUUAUUUUUUCUACAAGGGUAUGUAAAUAUAGUGAAGAAUCAUUUGAGGCCAAGAAGCAGUGUAAUUUCAGACUUUUUUUCAUCUCAUAUUCAGUUUCUGUCACACCACUUCCACUACCCCCACCAUGUCAACUCAGGCACAGCGCAAGUAUGAGGCCACUAUGAGCAUCGUCAAUAAGGUCUAUGACAGUGUUCCGGCCUUUACCGACAUCUUUGAUGAGGAUUCGUGGUACAUCUUUGCAGCAUGCUUCACCAUGGCAACCAUUCUUGUAACUUUUAUCGCCUCCCGUUACAUAACAUUAAAACCGGUAGAGUAACAACAGCAGCAGGCAUGGCAAAGACCUGACAAGGAUGUGAGGUUGGGUGCCACCUUUCUUUGUUUUCCUUAUAUCCCCUCUUCCUUUUUAUAACCCAAUUUUUCUAUUUUCAUCUUAUUAUCUUUCCUUAUCAAAUGUCACUUUCCACUUUUAAUAAAUGGUGUGAUUAACUUCAUACCUGUUUGAGUUGAAUAAUGAAUCUCGUUUAUGAAUCUGACUAAUGAAAUGUCAAUGUGUUUCUAGCACUCUUGAACAUCCUUGUUCUGUGAGGUUCUAUAACACCGAAUCACAGAAUUUUAUUUGGUAUUCUGCUCUCAUUUCCAAGUCACAUUCCCAACUCAAAAAAAGCAGUAUGUCAGCAUUUAAUAUGGUAGAUUGAUUCAUAUGGAUUUGUCAAAGUAGUGCAAUUAAGCAUAUGUUUUGUGGCAAAUAUUUGUUAGGUGUCAUGCACCUAGUAAAAUAUAUUUCAGAUGCUUGAAAUUUGGUGACAAGUUUGUCUAGUCAUGUGUUCUCUGGUAAAUAUUCAGGCUGACAGCUAUUCUGUUUUCUUACAGUAAGUCCUUCAGUGUCUUACUAGAAUAUCGAUCAUUAGUUUCAGGUGCUAAUUAUGAGUCUACAUUGUCAUGCUACUGUUACUGAAUCUGUUGUCUAUGAAUUGCCACCUCCCUUCCCUUGUAUUGUUCAGGUGUUGUUUUAAGUCACAGUAAUUUUGCCCAAGGUUUAAUGCACACCAGGAAACAUGGUGUGGAAACGGUUUGUUGGUAACUGGGUAUCUGAGUGUUCUUUUUCAAGUUUUUAUUCAUUUGUUAGAAUUACGUUUUUUUUUUUUUUUUUUUCCUUUUUUUGUUCUCAAAAUUUCUUUAUUUUUAAUGGAAAAAAAAAUCUUCCACAUAUUCUAGUUGUUUGUCAAGGAAGCACUAGAAUCUUGAAAUGGAAUCAGAGAAGAGGAUUGUUUAAGACACUGGCCUCUCUCUCUCUCUCUCUCUCUCUCUCUCUCUCUCUCUCUCUCUCUCUCUCUCUCUCUCUCUCUCUCUCUCUCUCUCUCUCUCUCUCUCUCUCUCUCUCUCUCUCUCUCUCUCUCUCUCUCUCUCUCUCUCUCUCUCUCUCUCUCUCUCUCUCUCUCUCUCAAUAUGAAAUAUAGUGCCAUGUUGCUAUUACUUUGUUAGUCACUCCUGUAUACUAGUCAACAAUUUGGGCAUGAGUCUGCAUAAAAGAAAGACUCAUUAUGCUUGUUACUAAAUGUUGAGUUCCUCUGCUGCUCUAGCAUUGUUGAGGUUUCUUUUUAUUUCUUUUUUCUUUUUUUAUGGAUAAAGUACUGUGUACUUCAUUAUAAAUAAUAGUAAUGCAUAAUGUUGAAAAAAUGGCCAGUGCAGGUAAUGGGACGAAAGAACUUUCAAAAGUUUUGUUUGAUUUUGCUGAUAAAGUCUACAGAUACAUUGCACAUAGGCAGUUGAUCACUCAUUCUACAUGGUUUGUUCUGGUGUUUUACACGGUGUCUGAGGUUGACCUUGUGUGGGGCUUUUUGGGAAGUCGCGGAAGCUUCAUGUGGCAGAAUUUUCAUGACAAUCUAAAAUAUAAAAGAUGAAAUCCAAAAUAGUAUUCACAUGUAACUUCAUAGGUGGAUGGGUUGCCCCAAGUGGCGCUUCUUGGUUCACCUCUUCUAGCAGUUACUACCUUGAUUGCAGAUGAAUGUUCAUUAUAGUGUCAUCAUGGGACCAUCCCGUCUCAGUGGAUAUUUAAUACCAGAUUAUUCUUCAUCCUGGUAAACAAAAAAAAAAAAAAAAUAAUAAUAAAAACCAAAAUCAAAAUUUUUGUAUCGGCCAACUACCAAGCUGGGUUUCUGCAACUUAUCAUCACUCUGUAAUAGGGAAGGUACUGAACUACGGCACAAGAUACCGUAUAAAUUAUAAGAUUUAAAGGUUAAGAUAACCCAAGCCUUAAAUAUGAAAGUGAAAGAGCCAGUGUUAAUAAUGUAUAAUGUUGAGGACAUUUUUCUGUUAUGAAGUAGAUUGAAUUGGUUUGUUGAAUGAUAUUUCAGAAUUUACAAUAGGGCCUUCAUUAUCCACUGAGCUUAAGGGAGGUGCCCCUAAGGACGCAAGGUGUAGUGUGUAUCUACUCAGUGCAGUGGUGGCGAGAGCUCUUCACACAAACCUCACACUGGUUCUUGUUUCUUAUGACUUUUCUCAUUAAAAUGUUCUUAUUA